AUGGCGCCGUUGGAGACGAACGCGGCCACGGCCGCACGAAUCCAAUUCUAUACCCAGUCCUUCACGAUCUUCACUUCGUUGCAGUCCAUUGCUGCGGCCCAGGAAGACGAGGUCCAAACAAACGAACAGGCUUGGCUGCAUGCUGGCCCUUCUGUACAAACCAUGCAAUACUACCAUCGUGUAGGGUCGUUGUACUCAGACACCAUUCACACAUAUGUACAGGCACUGGAGGCCAUCGACACCACCGAGUCCGACUACGAACGCCAUGUGCAAGAGCUGCAUAUGAUUUUCCACCUUGCUCAGGUGCUCUACGUACCGGAAGACGGCAGUGGCAUGGGCGUCGUCGGCGAAGAGCUGCUCCACUGGCUGAACGCACACGAUGUAGCGCCUACCACGGAGCAGGGCCAACAAAUUGCGGAGACCAUUCCGCCGCACGACCAUGCUGAGUACUGGGACUACCUAUUCCGCUGCGUCCUGCGUGGCUUCUUCUCGACAGCUGCGACCGUACUGCAGUCGUAUAUGACCCAAACACGCUCGGCUACGCUGCAAUCGAUCACGUCCGAUACUAUCCAGAUCUUGCAAACCGUGCCACGAUCGACGGUCUUUACGACCGAGCAGGCGUUCUUUGCUGCUCACCGUCACUGGCAUACGUCUGUGCGUGUGUUCCUCAGUGGCAUCCAACGUCAGAUGGAUGCCGUCGAGUCGGAACUGCAAGACGCUAGUGCGUCGCCCAGUGAUGAGCGUCUUGAGCUCGAAGCGCAGUUCCGUUGUCUCCUUGAGCUUCUAUGUGGUGUACAGGAGCGGAUCUUGGAAUUCUCCGAGGACUGGAAAGAAGCAUUGUGUGCGUGGGGCAUCCUAGUACAGCCGGCAAUCAAGCGCGAUGAUGUGCCGGACGUCGCACAGACCAUCAUGGAGACUCUGCCUGUGGAUGGCACAUUGCCUAGCGAAAGUAUCAUGGCAUCGUUCUUCCGGGGGGAUAUUACUAAAGGAAUCAAGCUAUGUGCCUCGUAUGAUGAAUGGCUCGCAGCUCAUCUGGGCGACUACUUUGACAAGGCCCAACUGCUCACGGCGCCUGAUGAAAUCCCAUCGUCCUCCAGCCCAUCGCCCACGCUUACACCGCUUCUCCUUGCGUGGGCAGAAACUCUGCUGCGAGAAGAGAGGUUGUGGCGGAUGGCCCUCUCGUACCUUCAUGUGAUCGGCACACCCGAAGCUCGAUCGAAAAUGCGCUCGAUCUUGUUUGAUGUGCCACUGUUGGAUCCACCGUCGGAGCCCAUGUCCGAGGACCAGGCGGCUGAAGAGCAGUUCCACAAAGUGGAAGAAGUACUGAGUGCCUGUAUUGAAUACGGUAUGGACGAUGAAGUGCGUCUCGUGUGCCAGCGCGUGGGGCAUGCCCUCAUGGAGCAGCAGAAAUACGGCUUGGCUAUUGCCUACAGCGUUCGUGCGCGUGAUGCUCGGCAAAUUCGCACGAUUGCAGACCAUAUGCUGCGUGUAUACGUCGAACAGGGCCCAGCAGCGUUCAUCGCCAGUGUCGACACUGUCCCCCGUGUUCUUCUUGAGACGGCGGAGAGUCUCGGCGACGAUGACACAGACACGGCCCAAGCACCACUGCCCACGCCAUUUGCCACGACCUCGAGCAUUUUCUCUGCGCAGACAUUUGCGCCGUUGGUCUUCCAUUUCAAGUACUGUGACUUUCAUAAACUGUUUGCAAAUGAAGCCACAUGGCACGAGGCUGCUCACGUCCUGGUGGGCUUGCUGACCAGUGAUGUCACACCAGAGUCGUUCCUCAGCGUGCUCCUAGUCGAUGCCUUGCCCUUUAUCCAGGCAUCAGAUCUCUACUUUACCAUGGCUGAGACCUAUGAACUACUUCGCAUCACGGAAAAGGUCUCAGCAGGGUCUGACAUGCACGAGAAUCCGCAAGCGGCUGACUUCUAUUUCCAUUGGCUCGAGCAAUUAUUGGCACACACAGACGAAGGCAAGGAGUCUCAGUUCACUCGACGCAAACUUGCCCAAGAGCGUAUGAUGGUGGUGCGGUUGGCCCUUACUCAAUACCUUUCACGAGCCCUCGUAGAAGCAGGCCCUACGCCUCUAGUCCUGUAA